AUUUUAACAGGAAGUGAAGCGAAGCGUCCAAGAUGGCCGUCCGUCAGGUGCACCUGUAAGUCACGCCCUCGGCUCGGUGGAACGAUGGUUGCCAACUAUAGCCUUGCUGGUGGAGCUCGCUAGCACCAGAGGUUGUACAUGACCAACAUGAGGGUAACCCGCGCCACACACGGUCUUCUGCGUGUCUGCGUCCUGACCUGUUUCAUUUACCUGCUGAGCUCCACCUGUGCCGGAGUGUUGGCCGGGCGGGAAAAAAUGGCCUCCCAUCAGCCCACGCUGAGGCGCAGCCGGCGGAGCCACCAGAGCGCCAGGCAGCACAGAGGCGCUCACCACCGCCCGCUGACCGACGAGCAGAAAGCGGACCAGAACCUGCAGUUCAUGCUCAGUUUGUACAAGAGCGCGGCCGAGCCCGACGGCAGACCCAAAGAGCACCGGAAGUUCGGUUCCAACACGGUGCGCCUGCUGAGACCCACGGCCUCUUCGGUGGACUACCUGCCCACAUCAGGAGAUCUCGUCUACACCUUCACAGUGAAGUACAAACUUGACACACUUCCCUCAGAGCAGCUUGUCAGAGCUUCCUUCGUCCACCUACGCUCCUCCACUUCAAGCACCUCCCAGGUUGUGGAACUGCCCCGCUGCCGGGCUCAGAUCACCUCGCUGGGUGCCAAGACCCUGGCCACCUUGAAGCCCCACGAGCAGUGGACGGAGACGGACAUCACCGCACACGUCAGCGCUCACAUCCUGCAGGGGAGGGAUCAGGACGAGGAGGGGCACUUGGCCCUUACUGCCCAGUAUUGGUGCACUGAACCUGGUCCCCCUGAGGACAGCGGCCCCUCGUGGUGGUGGGCGCCCUUAUGGGGGAGGAGACAAUGGAGCAGCGAACUGCACCUCCAAGUCCCUUCUCUUCUUCUGUAUCUGGAAGAGGAGAGGGAGGUGAAAGAGUGGAUGGGGGAUUUGCUUGGGGCUGAAGGGGAAAACAUCAUGAAGAGAGUUACAUGGUGGCAUCCUUCAAGUCACCAACGCCGCCGCCGUAGGUCCAAAGAGGAUUCGUCUUCCGAACUAAAAGAUCUCUCGUUAGACGCCCUGAUAAACACCCCCACCUCCUCUUCAUCUUUCUCCACCUCCUCCUCUUCCUCCAUUGUCUCCAACUACAAACUCAAAACCAGCAUGCCCGAGAACCGCUGCAAGCUCCACUCCUUCCGCCUGUCGUUCGACAAGCUCGGCUGGGGUCGUUACUUCAUCGCCCCUCCGGUCUACAACCCCCGAUACUGUCAGGGGGACUGCCCAAGGGUGCUCCAUUAUGGCUACCACUCCCCCAACCAUGCUAUCAUCCAGACGGUCAUCAACGAGCUGGGCGUUGGUGAUGUCCCUCCCCCCUCCUGCGUUCCUUACAAGUACAUGCCCAUGAGCGUGUUGGUUGUGCACAAGAAAAAGGUGGAGUACAAGGAGCUGGAGGACAUGGUGGCUGAGUCCUGCACGUGUCGUUAAAGAGUCGAAGCAGAAACUGGGACAUGCUUAGAAAAUAUUUGACCCGUAGAGAAUUGAUGGGUCAAGUUUGAUCUAGAGCUAAGCUUGACGAGCUUCUGACUGGUUGAAUUUGUCAGAUGUUUAAAGCUCUUUAAAGGCAAUUUAUGCGUGUUUGCUUCUCCCCCCCCCCC